AAUAUUAACUCUAAAUUCAUAAUUUCAAAAGUAUAAUAACUUCAAUGCAGAGAGUUGUAAAGAUUAAACGAAACAAGUUUAAAUCUUGAAUUCGCUGCGAAAAUAUACCUAGGACGGAACUAACUGGCCCAUUAAAAAAAGAGUCCAGCCCAGUGUUCCUUUUGCUCUCUUAGGCUUCCUCGCCUUCCUCAGCUUUGUCAUUAUACAUUGUCGUGUGCCGCAAAAUCCACCGGUGACCGGUUCUUUUGCCUCUCAGUAGAUAAACGUAUGGGUUGUUCAGCCAUUGCCAUAUUUCAAGCUCAUCAAAAAGAAGUAUAGGUGCAAAAAGUGAAUAUCAACCUGCUGCCUCUCGCAAGACCUGAAAAGCCACAGUCGAACAACACGGAAACACAUAAAGAAGUUGAUGACAAUGAUCGUCAGGAGAAGCAAGAAGUGUGUAUGUCUCUUGCAUGAAGUCCUCUUUUCCAGCCACCCACUCCCUUGUGCAUACACCCAGAGGCAGAACUAUGUAGAUGUGUACAUGAAAUGGAAGAAAGACUCUUUCUUUGACUCCAUCGAUACCAUUCACAGAUCAGUUCAACUCAAGCCUUUAAUUGCUCUCAAGAACUGCAUAGUCUCCUCUUCGCCUGAUGAUUAUUGCAUCCCUAUAUCAACUAUUUCAAAGAAAGGCUUAGAGUUAGGAAUAUCCAUUAAGGUUGCCAGGUUCUUAAGGUUGUACCCAUCUGUUUUCGAGGAAUUUACUGGCCCUAACUACAAUUUGCCUUGGUUUAAGUUGACCCAGAGGGCUAUUGAGCUUGAUAGAGAGGAGAGAGAGGUGUAUGUAAAAUUUAAGGAUGAUAUCAUUAUGAGGCUGAAGAAGUUGAUACUGAUGAGUGGCAGGGAACAGAUGCUUCCUGUAAAGAUAAUUCAGGGUCUGCAAUGGUAUUUGGGGUUACCCGACGAAUUCUUAAGGAAACCGGAAGAUAAUCUUGAUGGGUGUUUCAGAGUUGUAGAAAUGGAAGAUGGAUUAAAAGGACUGGCUGUUAAUAUUGAUGGGAGUGAAAGGUUUUUAUCUGUGAUGCAGAGGAAUGCGAUGAGGAGGGGAGUGUAUACUGGUGUGGAGGGUGAGGCAAUAGAGUUUCCACUGUAUCCAUCAAAGGGAUUGAGGCUUAAAAGAAAGAUCGCAGACUGGUUUGAUGAGUUUCAGAAGUUUCCAUAUGUUUCACCCUAUGAGGAUUAUUCAGGUUUGGAUCCAAAUAGUGAUAUAGCAGAAAAACGAGUGGUGGGUGUGCUUCAUGAAUUGCUUAGUUUGUUUGUUGAGCAUGCUGCAGAAAGGAAGAAACUUUUGUUUCUUAGGAAAUACUUGGGGUUGCCGCAAAAAGUUCACAAGGCAUUUGAGAGGCAUCCUCAUAUCUUCAAUUUGUCAUUGAUGAAUAAGACUUGCACUGCAAUACUAAAAGAAGCUUACUGUGAUAGAGGGGCUAUCGAGGAACAUCCAUUAGCAAAAGUUAGAAAAAGGUACAUCAAAUUGAUGAAGGAGUCGGAGGGUAUACUGAAAAGUAGAAGGUUAAACAACAGGCCAAUUGAUCGGGGUGAUUCAAAUAUCAAGGACUUGGAUUGUACAGAUGACGAGGAUAAGAAAUUUACAACUUAACUCUGCUCUUUAUGCUUGAGCCACUAUAAUCAGGUGUGUGAUUGAAAAGAGAUUAUAAAUGAGAAGGAAAAGAGAAGUAAAAGAAUUGUUCAAUCAGGAUUUGUACGCAUUUGGAAUGAAAUGAAAAGACUCUUUAAUCUGUAUAGCCUCAGAGGUAUGUUUCUCUCAUUCAUUCUGCAGUUCUGCACUGGCCACAAUCGUACGAAGGAAUAGUCAUACUAUUACCAAUGGACCCUCAAACUCUUGAUCAAUGGUACAUGAUUAGCUUAUGUGAUGUAUUAUUAGCUGACUGAUGCCCCCCUCUCAUAUAUUCUAUAUAUGAAAAGCAUGGCACUGUUUGAAAUUAUUGAAGUGGGAGCAUCAUUGAGUCUGUGCUCUUUCAAGUACCCAACACCACAUGGAACUAAAAUGUCCUUGUUGAUGCUUUCAUGUUUAGUUCCAAGAGUCGAUGCUUUGUCUAGUGUGGGAGUGAACUGUGGAUUGUGCAUGUUUAAUCGUGCUCAUUACAAUCCCCUAUCAGGAACCUCCUGUGACUUUUUUGGUGUAGUUCAAAACAGAUAAGCGUCCAUUGCAGACUGCAGAAACUAUGAUGGAUGGCUUUCAUGAUUAAGAAGAAAUCUUUCUGACUGGAAGAUAGAAGAAUAUGCACGAACAAUUCAGGAUCAUCAAAAGCAGCAAUACAGAGCUGGCAUGAUAAGGAAACUACUUAAAGAGUUUAAAAUUAAGCAUAGAUCAAUAUAUGUAAUGAAAUAAAGUGUCUUAUAAUUGCCGUAUUCCUGGUUUGAAUUGUGCUUUACAACCAAGAUGUAAAAUAUUGUGUACUUUUUGGUUUCCCUACAUGUUUAAGGGAACAUAAAGUCCUCUUUUUCUGUACAUUUUUGGCACCUUCUUUGUGCAAUCAAUGAAUUUAUAUCAGUAAUAAAUAAAAUUGUGAUCAUUAUGAUUCUCAGUA